CUUCUUGGAAGCGGGAAAGACAAGUUAUCAUUAUAUCUCAAGACAUGCGGAGUUAUUUGUCCGAUUAUGCAUCACUGAGAGCGGUGGCUGCCUCGAGUCUAAAGAGCAACUUUCUGAACACUUCUUGGAAGCGGGAAAGACAAGUUAUCAUUAUAUCUCAAGACAUGCGGAGUUAUUUGUCCGAUUAUGCAUCACUGAGAGCGGUGGCUGCCUCGAGUCUAAAGAGCAACUUUCUGAAGCACUUCUUGGAAGCGGGAAAGACAAGUUAUCAUUAUAUCUCAAGACAUGCGGAGUUAUUUGUCCGAUUAUGCAUCACUGAGAGCGGUGGCUGCCUCGAGUCUAAAGAGCAAUUUUCUAAAACACUGCUUGGAAGAGUCAUGAAUCAAACGGAAUCCACAUUGUUAAUAGUCUGGUGCAUCACGGAGUAAGAUGGAAGGAAGCCUA